AUGUCUUUCUUAUCUCGAGCACUCUUUGUACGGUCCAUGAUGAUCAGGCCGAUGCAAGCACAUGGUAGAAAACCCAUGAUGAUGAAUGUGGUUGCUCAGCGUCUUUAUUCAAGUCGUCCCAUGGAUCAACAACCAUCAGCGGCAAAACGAUCCAAGGUCACGAUCAAGACCCUCAAUCGCUUGUAUAAGCAUGGCGAACCCAUUACCAUGAUGACCGCUCAAGACUACCCCUCUGGCAUGAUGGCUGAUCGUGCAGGAAUGGACAUGUGCUUGGUGGGCGACUCGCUGGCCAUGGUAGCAUUAGGCUAUGACUCGACCAAUCCGCUUACGGUUGAUGAAAUGUUGCAUCAUUGUCGAGCAGUCGCCCGAGGAUGUAAAUCAUCGUUCCUGGUAUGUGAUUUACCUUAUGGCAGCUACGAAGCCGAUCCCACAGAUGCAGUGCGUGUAUCGCUACGAUUUCUCAAGGAGGGCAAUGCCGAGGCUGUCAAAUUGGAAGGAGGCAAAGAGAUGGCCGAGACGAUUGAACGUAUCACGCGCGUGGGUGUUCCUGUUGUUGGCCAUAUUGGUUUGACUCCUCAACGGCAAUCGGCAUUAGGUGGUUUCCGUGUUCAGGGCAAGACGGCGAAGCAAGCACAUCAACUUUUGGAAGAUGCUUUAGCUGUACAAGAAGCUGGUGCAUUCAUGAUGGUUUUGGAAGCUAUGCCAGAAGAGAUUGCAACCUAUAUCACACAACAACUCAAGAUUCCUACCAUUGGUAUUGGUGCUGGUGUACAUUGCUCGGGUCAAGUGCUAGUGCAGAAUGAUGCUCUCGGUCUCUUUGAUCGUUUUGUGCCAAAAUUCACCAAGCAAUAUGCCAAUCUCAACCGUAUCAUGACGGAUGCCUUAAGACAAUACCAUGAUGAAGUCAAAUCACGUGCCUUUCCUGCUCCCGAGAAUACCUAUCCCAUCGAUCCACGGCAAUUGGAAAAGUUCUGGGAGUUAGUGGGAGAACCCCAUCGUAAUGAGGAGAAACAUGAACAAGAACGCGCUGUUCGUGCCCAUGCUUAG